AUGUCAAGGGCCGAGAAGUUUGAGGAUGAGAAGCGACGCAUAAUUCAGAGUUGUUUCUCAAGGAAAGAUAAUGAUGGCCACUUGACUGAAUCUUACAUCACCCACGUCCGCAUCACGGAAGAUGGUGCAUACCCAUCCACCCCCGCCCCGCCGAAUUCGCCGGCAGAGAACAAAAAGCCUCGAGUGAUCAUCGUUGCUGUGAGAAGAUCCGGCCGCGUGCGCAUGCAUAAAGCUAGGGAAAACAAUGACGGAUCCUUCUCUAUCGGCAAAACCUGGAUGCUGGAUGAUCUAUCCUCGAUACAAUCAUAUAACGCAUUCGUUCCGUCAUCGCCAUUGGAACAGCAACAGAAACAAUGGGCGUCCAAUGUCGGCUUCGUUGUGACUGUGGGGAAGCCUUAUUACUGGCAUGCGAGAACCUCUAAAGAAAAGGAAUUCUUCAUCGGAAGUUUGGUGAAGAUCUACAGAAAGUAUACGGGCGGAAAGGUGCCAAAACUGAUCGGUUUCGACGAACGUGAGCGACAAUUGCUUGUCGGAACCCCAUCUGGACAGUCUGCAUCCCCGAGGAACCCGGAGCAAUCAUUACCUCCGCCGCAACCGCCCUCGUCACACAGUAGCCGCCCUCAAUCACCAUAUUCGAACCGUGCUGCCAGUCGAGAUGGCCCUAGACGAACGCCUGCCGAGGAGCAGUCGCUCCGCUCUCAACGAAGCCGGGAGCAGAUGGGAAGACCCUCAACCGGUCAAUCGGGACGAAGCGGUCCUCCUUUUGGACCCCCUCAGCACCCCCCACCGGUCACCCCUGACCAGCGAGAUCAGCCUCCGCCACGGGCAGCCGAAAGAGCUCCCAAAGUACCAAUAUUGCAGCCCCCCGAACCGAGGAACAGGGAUCAUGGCCCCUCUGGAACCAAGGCUUUCGAUGAAGGUAAUAUGAUCGGCACAUUUCCGGAGUCACGGCCGCCAUCAUCCAAGUCGACGGAUGCAAGACCUCCCCUCCACACCAAGGUUUCUAGUUCAAGUUCUAUGGAUGCAAAGCGCAGCAAGGAGGGUGCGCGACCCCCUACGGCUAGUUCAGAGAGUCGCAAACCCCCAAAUGUUGAUGUGCCAGCUGCAUUGAACCCUACUCCUUCAGCUGAUAGGACUGUUCCAGUUAUGGCGGAGACCGUCGAGGCGUCAGCAGCGCCAGAAGCUGAACCUAGCCAACCGAUCACUGAAACUGCACCCACUAGUCCUCAGAUCACCAAGGAUUCCUUGGAUGAAGACCCUGACGCACACCGCCCUGGUCUAGGGCCUAUGAUCAAGAAGAAAGCCAGCAAUGAUGUCGCGGGAGCCUUCCGCAAAGCUGCCACGGCCUAUGGUGCUUUCAGACCAAGGCCUGGAGGUGCUGGUGAGCGACUCCUAGCCGCUGCGAAGAAACAGCAGGCCGAGUCAGCUGGGCCUGACGGUAUCACCGGCGUUGUUCCUGCUCCGUCUCUUCGGUCAGGAAACGAUCCAGGAGCAGCGGCGUCUCCAGUGACCCCUGAUAAGGAAGCACCAUCUCUGCCAUCUCCAACCAAGGAUGCGCCAUCUCCUGUAACGACCCCCUCUAUGGAUCCACCCACGGUUGAAGUUACACGAGUCGCCACGGAGGAAGUUCCGCCUGCUGAGAGUAACAACCAGGAAGAGCAGAGAGACACUUCGAGGGCAGCAGUGAAACUCCCUGUGGAGGAUAGAUCGAGAUCCGUGUCUCCUUCGCCUAGUGGUCGCCGCCGUAGACGCCACGAGGACAAUACCUUGAAAUACUGCCAGGCUCUCGGGAUUGACCCUAAGGUCAUUGAAGGACGUGGUGUAGAGUUUGACGAUAUCCUGACUGACCUCGGAUGGAAUGGUCGCUUGAGCGACGACAAGCGGAUUGAAGAUCUGGAGACAGAUAUUCGACGCGAGAUUGGGCGGGUAGAGGCUACCAGCUGGCUUGGUAACCUCGAGCAGCAAGAAGGAAAGGUGGAGCAACUCGCGAAACUGAUCGACAAGACGAUUGAAGAGUGCGAAGAGCUGGACAAUCUUCUAACUCUCUAUUCGCAUGAACUUAACACUUUGAACGAUGAUGUAUCCUACAUCGAAGCUCAAUCUCAGGGUCUGCAGGUGCAGACGGCCAACCAGAAGCUGCUGCAAAACGAACUGCAGAACCUGUUGAAGACCCUUUCUAUCUCCAGUGCAGACCUGCGCUCCUUGAAAGAGGCUUCCCUGAGUAACCCAGAUGGACUCAGAGAUACUGAAGUGGCAUUGUCUACUCUCUAUAAGGCGAUGCUCAUGAUAGACUCCGAUAUAUGGCAAAACAAGAGACGAUUGGUCGACGCUGCGGGAGAUCAUGCCAGCGUGGGUGUCUAUGCCGACACGGAGAUUGGACAGAUGCGCGCUAUCAAGGAGAAGAAAGCCGAAUACCGCGCCCACUCUGAGUACUUCUUACAGCGACUGAAACAAUUCAUGGGGAUCGCGUACAAGGUGGCCGAGCAGAAGAGGGUGGACGCAGCUGCCAACCUCCAGAAAGAUCCCAUGAAGCUGGACAGCGAACCCAGAGUCUACUCUCGGAAAGAACUCUGGAUGUACCACGGAUUAAUGCUUUUUGCCCGGGAGGUCAGUGGGCCUGAAUGGCAGGCGCUUAUCACUCUUUAUGAGCAGCAGGCCAAACAACCAUACCAGAAUCAAUUCAGGGACAACGGCUUUGCGUGGAAGAAGGCAGCGCGAAAACCAACAGGCGAGGAGCAGGAGCUCCUCUUUACUCAUCAGGAGAAGGAGAAGGAGAUGGAAGGCAUUACCAUGGCGGCUCGUAAGCUCACCGUGAAACGGGGUAAGACUAUCAGAGCCGCCACCGGGUUUAGACUCUCUUUUGGCGAGAAGCAGCCAGGGAGGCUUGAACCAUGCGAGGUCUUUGCUGGGGCUCUUCAUGAGACGAUCAACAUGAUCGUGGAGGAGCAGAACUUUAUUGUUCACUUCUUCCAUCUGAGCUCGCUGCCGAGCUUGGAAUUUUCCGACCUCGUUGCGUCUGCCCAUCCCGAACAGCGCCCGUUACCCGAUUUCAGCGUCAAACAACCCCACGACCCCGAUCGUCGUCUGGGCAGGAAGGUGGAGCAGAUUAUGGAUGAGAUAUACUCGUUUUGGCCUGUGGAUUUGCAAAAUCUGGUGGAUUGGGCCAUCAAAGCUGACCCGAUACAAGGGGUUGGUAUUCUGUUUGCUCUGGAGAAAGCGAUCUCGGAUUUGGAAGACACCAACCAAGACUUCAUCAUCCACACACUCCAGAAGAUCCACUCCCGCUUGAUUGGCUUGUUCAGCCGGUUUGUGGACGAUCAAAUUCGCGGAAUCGAAGAAACGAAGGUCAAGGUGAACAAGCGGAAGGGCGUGAUCUCGUUUAUGCGCGUCUUCCCCAACUUUUCGGCCGCCAUUGAGAAUAUGCUUUCUCAGCCAUCGCAAGAGUUGCUUGACAUCCGAAUUAGCGUCAACGCAGCCUAUGAUCGCAUCAACCGGGCUAUGUGGGAGUCGCUGAAGUUCAUUGCGAAGGAGGCACCGGGUCAAGCUGCGGGUGUCGCCGCGACGACUGGGGACCCAGAAGACAAGGAGGCGCUGAAUUACCACAUUCUCCUGAUUGAGAACAUGAACCACUACAUUGAGGAAGUGGAUGUCCGAGGGCUUCCCGUGCUGGAGCGGUGGCGGGACCGGGCACACCAGGACCUGCAAGAACACCUGAAGCUCUACCUGGAUUCUGUGAUCCAUCGGCCACUUGGGCGGUUGCUCGAGUUUGUGGAAUCGGCCGAGCGACUGAUGGCGUCUGGGGGUAAUCCCCAGGACAUCGCCAGUCGGCCGAGCCAUUCGCGGUCGGUGGCUAAGAAGGUUCUGGCCACGUAUGAUGCCAAAGAGAUGCGACGAGGCAUUGAACUGCUCAAGAAGCGUGUGGAGAAACACUUUGGCGACGCCGACGAUCCGGGGUUGAGUCGCAGCCUCGUGCUGAAGGUGCUCCGGGAAUGCGAGGGACGGUAUCUUGAAGCUCACGACCGUACCCGCCGGGUCCUUCAGGCGGUGUAUGAGGGCCAGCUGGAGCUGGAAUGGCGCAGGGAGGAUGCAAGCGCCAUGUUCAAGCGGUGA